CUCCUAACUCCCUCCGUCCGUCCAUCCGUCUCUCCUCUCUCCCCAGACUGUAUGAGAACAAAGGAGAAGCAGACUUCAUGGAGUCCUUGAGGAAUCUCUUCACUUCCUUCAAUGACAUGAUGAACAUCAACUCUGAGAACACAGGCAUGGUGAAGGGUGCAGCAUUGAGAUACGUCCCCACCAUCGUGAAUGACGUCAAACUGGUCUUCGAUCCCAAGGAGCUCAGUAAACUGUUCACAGAGUUCAUUCUGAAGGUUCCUCUGGGUCGUCUGGUCAAACAGAAGCUAAACUGCCUCAUCGACAUCGUCCACAGUGAUCUCUUCACACAGCAUGACUGCCGGGAGAUCCUGCUUCCUCUGAUGACAGAACAGCUGAAGUUUCAUCUAGAGAACCAGGAGGAACUGGAGGCCUGCUGUCAGCUGCUGAGUAACAUACUAGAGGUCCUCUACAGGAAGGAUGUGGGUCCUACUCAGUGGCAUGUCCAGAUCAUCAUGGAGAAGCUCCUGAGGACCGUCAACAGAACAGUCAUCUCCAUGGGCAGAGACUCUCCUCUCAUUG